CGCCAUCCUCUUUUCCCUCUUUCCAGGUAAGUGGCAUGAUCUCCAUGUCAUCAAAAGAGCGUCUCCUUCAUUCCUGGUGCUUUUGCGCCGUACUUUGUGCAGGCCCCACUUCUUGACUUCUAUCGGCCCAGUCUGUCACCUCCUCCUGGGGAUAGAUGCCUUCCACAGCCGACAGAAAGGCCGAAAACAACUGGUAAGGCACCGAUCCACACACGGCCGACACAUUGCCGUCCGUCAAAGCGAGCCCUACCGCUGAUCUUGGCUGCUUGUCGUUGUGUGCAGGUACUGGUCCAUCCCGAAGGUGGAGGUAGGUAGGGGAGAGUGCUGGCCAUCAAGCAAACAUGAGGAUCCGAUCCAGGUAUAUAUGCGAUGUUUGAUGGCAUGGCUGGCUAGCAGCUUCACUGCCACCUGGAGGGCAGCAUCCGGUUCUCGCGGCUCAUCAAUGAGUAUGUGCGGCAAGGCAUCGCCCUCCCCACCGACGACGUGCCGGCCCAGCGGGAUUUCUUCCUUAUCGAGACACCCGUGCCGGACCUCAGCGCCUUCGUCGACAAGUUCGACCACAUACACAAGAUCUUCGGUCGGCCGGCCAUCGUGGUUGCCUCUUCCAUGCAUCCUUCUUUCUGUGGUGUGUGUCUGACGCACAGCCGACCUGAGUGUGCUGGAGGCGAUAACUGAGGAGGUGAUCGAGGACAAGUUCAACGAGGGUGUGGUCAUGUUCGAGAUGAGAUGGGCGCCCAGCUACAUAUCGGGCAGCUUCGAGUACGACUUCAACGACAUCCUGCGGUACAUCCAGCGGGGCGUCGCCAAGGGCCGUGCCAAAUGCGACAACAAGAUCGAGGUAGGUAGGGAAGAGUGCUGGCCAUGAAGCAGACAGACAUGAGGAUCCGAUCCAUGUAUAUAUGCGAUGUUUGAUGGCUGCAGGUUGGCAUGAUCUGCAUAGCUGUCGGUGCGUUGGGUGCCGAGCAGUUCAAGAAGACCGCCGACUUCUGCAUAGCCAACAAGGAUGCAUUCAUCGCCUUCGAUAUCGCCGGCAAUGAAGUGAACGCCGGCCAGUACAAGGUAGGUGACAUCACCGACCCACCCCCAUCCACACGAACAACAUCACAUCCUUCCAUUAUGGGUCUCUUUUUCUGUCUCAGGAGUACAUGGAUCAGCUGCAUGCGGCGGGGGUCAACAUCACUGUGCAUGCAGCCGAGGACAGGGUGGCCGGGAAACCGGAGAACGCCAUCAUAGCCGUCGAAGACCUCCACGCCACGCGCAUCGGCCACGGCAUCCAGACCGAGAAGGACCCAGCAGCGUUCAAGACGAUUCUCGACCGGGACAUCCACCUGGAGCUGUGUCCCUCAUCCAACUACGUGACAAACUCAGUGGACAGCGUGGCUGACCAUCCCAUCCGACGAUUCUUCGACCUCGGUGCCAACAUCUCCCUCAACACGGACGACCCCGGCCUGAUGGCGGUGGACCUGCCGCACGAGUACAAGCUGCUGCACGAGCUGCCCAGCCUCCACUUCACCCCAGCCGAGUUCAAGGACAUGAACCUCAAGGCGAUCGAGGCCAGCUUCAUGCCCAAGCACAUCAAGGACAAGGUGCGCGACACGUGGUUCUCUCACAAGGACCCCCUGGGCAUCGCCGUGCCGCUGCCCGACCUGCAGCCAGCCAAGCAGGUAGCGGCAGCGGCAGUGGCUGCUGCUGUGGCGACGGCAGCUGCCCCGGCAGCCCAGCCGUCGGUGCAGCAGAAGAAGGAGAGGAAGACGCGCAUUGCGGAGGAUGUGCUGUCGCCAGUGGAGGGCAUGCAACCCGAGAGAAAGAAAGAGGGACGCAGAUGCUGCUGCUUCUGACUGAGACAUCCACCUACCAACCAACGAAUACAUAGAUUCCAAGGCCUGGGAGAGGAGGGGAUCCCACUGCAUGGCCUGGCUCGAUCGUUUUCCUUGUCGGUCUGUGUGGCUUCUUUGACUGGCUUUGGGGCGGCGUGGUGCUGCCUUGAUCUGUUCUGUUGUCUGCCGAAAUGCAGAAGCGUGAAUUUUUCCCUUGUGUGAGUGCGUGGUGCAGUGGAGUUUUCGGCUUGCGAGAGAGAAGGGAGACAGGAAGGAAAGCAUGGGAGGGUUGACUCGUAAGACAAUCCGCCUUAGUCAAUGAGACAUCGCCCGAUCCAUAUAUACGUCAGGAGGCGAAAGACACUGACAUUCUGAUGUCUUUUUUCCAUCCAAUCAAGCAAUGCCCAGU